GUUGUAGACCGGGCAGCUGGGGGCGGAUCUCGGGGACCGAAACUGUGAGCAGGACAGAAAGUAAAUAAUGGAUAACUGUUGCACUGCGUCGAUGUUCCUGACCGACAGCUUGGAACUGGAGCUGGGGACAGAAUGGUGCAAACCCCCUUGCUUUUCUUGUGGUUUUGACAACAGAGGAGGAGGAAGUCAUUUUUCUGGAGAGUCCUACCUUUCCAGCGGAGCCCUUAAGCGAUUAAUUUUGAAUCUUGAUCCUUUACCAACUAAUUUUGAAGAAGAUACAGUGGAAAUAUUUGGCAUUCAGUGGGUUACUGAAACAGCAUUGGUGAAUUCAUCUAGAGUGCUCUUUCAUUUAUUCAGGCAGCAACUGUACAACUUGGAAACCUUAUUACAAGCCAGCUGUGAUUUUGGGAAGAUAUCCACCCUACACUGCAAAGCAGACAAUAUUAGGCAGCAGUGCGUGACAUUUCUUCAUUAUGUUAAAGUUUUCGUCUUUAGGUAUCUGAAAGUACAAAAUGCUGAGAGUCCUGUUCCUGUCCAUCCGUAUGAAACUUUGGAGGCACAACUUCCGUCUGUGCUGGUUGAUGAACUUCAUGGGUUACUCUUGUAUAUUGGACAUCUGUCUGAACUUCCCAGUAUUAGUCCAGGAGCAUUUGUAAAUCAAAACCAAAUUAAGCUUUUUCCACCAUCAUGGCAUUUAUUACAUCUCCACUUAGAUAUCCAUUGGAUGGUGCUAGAAAUUCUUCACAUGCUGGGUGAAAAAUUGAAACAAGUUGUAUACGGUCAUCAAUUUAUGAAUCUGGCAGGUGACAAUUUAACCAACAUCAGCCUAUUUGGAGAACAUUGUGAAAAUCUCCUUUGUGAUUUAAUAAGCCUGUCACUCAACAGGUAUGACAAGGUUAGGCCUUCUGAAGCGUUAGCAAGUCACCACUGCCGAUGUUCCUGCAUUAAAGAAUUAUGGGUUCUACUCAUUCAUCUUCUGGAACACAGAAGUAAAUGGUCUCUUUCAGAAUCAUUUUGGAACUGGUUGAAUAAACUACUUAAAACACUCUUUGAAAAAUCAAGUGACCGAAGACGACCUUCUGUGCCUGUAAUCCAGCCCAGGGAUCCAUUAGGUUUUAGUUGGUGGAUCGUCACUCAUGUAGCAUCACUUUACCAGUUUGAUCGCCAUGGAACACCAGACGAAAUGAGACAAAUGGAAUCAAAUUGGAAUUUUGUAGAAGAACUGCUUAAAAAGUCCAUCAGUGUUCAGGAUGGUAUACUAGAAGAACAAUUACGAAUGCAUCUUCACUGUUGUUUGACACUUUGUGAUUUCUGGGAGCCAAACAUUGCAAUCGUCACCAUUCUAUGGGAAUAUUAUAGUAAGAACCUGAAUAGUUCUUUCAGCAUCUCUUGGCUUCCUUUGAAAGGCCUUACAUAUAUCAUUAAGUCACCCUUGUCAAUGCUAGAAAUGGUGAAGACCUGCUGUUGUGAUAAACAAGAUAAUGACCUUUAUAAAUCCAGCAGUAGUUACACCAUUUUCCUUUGCAUUUUGGCAAAAGUUGUUAAGAAAGCAAUGAAGAACAAUGGUCCUCAUCCUUGGAAACAAAUCAAAGGAAGGAUAUAUUCUAAAUUCCAUCAAAAAAGAAUGGAAGAACUCACAGAAGUUGGUCUUCAGAACUUCUUCAACCUUUUUCUACUGUUAGCAGCUGUCGCAGAGGUGGAAGAUGUAGCAAGUCAUGUUUUAGACCUCCUAAAUUUCCUCAAGGCUUCCUUGGUAACAUCUUCCAUCAUUUGGAAGGGUCAAGUGGCCUUCCUCUUGAUGUAUACCCAGAAAAAUCUGGACAUUGGUGUUCUGGCUGAGAAAUGUUCAGGUGCUUUCCGAGAGAAAGCGAAGGAAUUCUUGGUAUCCAAGAAUGAUGAAAUGGGACAAAGACAGACUCUCUGGACACUUCUUUCCAUCUAUAUUGAUGGUGUUCAAGAAGUGUUUGAGACUAGCCAUUGCCUGUAUCCUUCACAUGAAAAACUGCUUAAUGAUGGAUUUAGUAUGCUUCUGCGAGCUUGUCAAGAAUCUGAACUUAGGACAGUACUGAGCUUUCUACAAGCUGUUCUGGCCAGAAUCAGGAGUAUGCAUCAACAAUUGUGUCAGGAACUUCAAAAGGAGAGUGUGGACCUAAUUGUGCAGUCUUCAUUAUCGGCUAAAGAGCGCCACCUUGCUGCAGUUGCCAAUGCACUGUGGAGACAUUUCUUUUCAUUUUUGAAGAGUCAGAGAAUGUCACAGAUAGUGCCUCUCUCAGAACUUGCGGACGCAGCUGCAGAUUUUACUUUGCUUGCAAUGGACAUGCCCAGCACAGCUCCAUCAGAUCUUCAGCCUCAGCCAGUUAUAUCAGUGAUGCAACUUUUUGGUUGGGAUGAUAUCAUCUGGCCCCAAGUUGUAGCAAGAUAUUUAAGUCAUUGCCUACAAAAUAGCAUGUUAUGUGAAGCACUUUCUCAUACAGGCUGUGUAUCUUUUCAAGCCUUAACUGUAAGAUCAUGGAUUCGUUGCGUUUUGCAAAUGUACAUAAACAACCUCUAUGUGCCUGAUGAUUUGUUCAUUGAUAUAAAUCCUGGACAGGCAGUUGAAAAAGAGUACUUGGAACAGUUGGCUGAACUGACAAGGUUGCUAUUUAAACUCUCAGAAGUAAAGAAUAUUUUCUCAAAGGCUCAAGUUGAAUAUUUAUCCAGUCCAGAAGACCCUACAAAAGCACUUGUUCUAUUUUUUGAGGCUGUUGGUAUUACUUACGGGAAUCUGCAGAACCUUUCUGAUAAAUCUGCCAUGGUCACAAAGUCCUUAGAAUACCUUGGUGAAAUAGGCAUGUGUAUCGUGUGUGGUCAGUCCCAAAAUCCAAAUGCCUAUUUGAACCAAUUACUAGGGAGUGUUAUUGAGCAGUAUAUUGGGCGGUUUCUUCCAUCGUCCCCGCAUGUUUCGGGUCUCGGACAACACCCUGUUUUGUUGGCAUUGAGAAACUCCGCCGCUGUUCCACUGAUAUCACCUCUAAAGAAAUGCAUCGUACAAGUCAUAAGGAAGUCCUACUUGGAGUGUAAAGGGUCCUUGCUCCCUCCUCGCUUAGCCUCUAUUCUGGCCUUCGUCCUGCAGCUCUUCAAAGACACUAGCAUAGACAUUUCUGAGGUUCAACUGCUCCUCCCUGGUGUCUUAAAAUGCUUGAUGUUGGUCAAUGAACCCCAAGUUAAAAGGCUGGCCACAGAGAACCUGCAAUACAUGGUUAAAGCCUGCCAAGUGGGGUCAGAGGGAGAACCUGCCACCCAGCUGACUUCUGUGUUUAGGCAUUUUAUCCAGGAUUAUGCUAUGAGAUACGAUUAUCAGAUUUACGGCAUUUUAGAAAUAGUAGCAGCAUUGGACCAGCAAGUUGUUAUCGACUUGCUUUCUACGCUCACUCAGUCUCUGAAGGAUUCAGAGCGGAAAUGGGGCCUUGGCAGAAAUACUGCACAAAGGGAGGCCUAUAGCAAACUUUUAUCUCACCUAGGACAAGUUGGACAAGAUGAAAUGCAAAGACUGGAGAGUGAUAAUACCUAAUAUAUUUUGUGCUUUGCCCUCUCUAUUCAUUAUAACUAUCUAAAGCCACUUUGCACAGCAAUGGUAUAAUGUUCUGUUAAAAAUACCUUCUAGGAUUUUUUUCCUUACAUCCCUGUAAGU